AUGUCCUUCUUUUGCAGUUCAGCAGAUGAGCAAUUUCGCUGGAACGCUCAAGCUGAUGGACAGAAGGAUAUUGAGGAUGAGCUGACCACUGGUUUGGAAUUGGUGGAUUCCUGCAUUCGGUCUCUCCAGGAAUCAGGAAUUCUUGAUAGUGGAGAACGACCAGCUCUUCUUUCCCAGAGUUCCUUGCAGCUCAACUCCACCCCGGAGGCUUCGCUACAGUACUCUGCCAGCUACCAUAGCAACCAGACCCUCGCCCUUAGCGACAGCAUCUCCGCAGCAACUUCUCAGCGCAGCGGGCUGGUUGGAGGAGCCGUGCACAGCUACAACCAGGUGACAUCUAGUCGUGCAGCCCAGCAGCAACAAUCACAAACUGGGGCAGGGUCAGGUAUCUACUACUCCAGCUCCACAUUACCCACCCAGCGUGUCAGUUCCCCUCUGUCUGGAGGAGGAGGCGGCUCGGGAUCUGGUUCCCCAGGUAAACUCCAACGCCUGGGAUCAGCCUCUGACACGCCGGGGUACGCUACAACUCAGCGCCUGCCUUCCUCCUCCUCUCCCAGCAAACAGUCUCCUGCCAAUCGACUGGCCAAGUCAUACAGCACCACUGUUGCUGUGACAACAGCAGGAGGUGGCGGGUCUCCCCUGAGGGUUGCAACCCCACCAAACUCUACAGCAGCAGGGGGAGGGGCCAGCUCAUCAUCGUCCCCUCUUCACCAGAUGAGUUCGGGCAUAGGGAGCUAUGCCACUCUGUCUCCCAAACGACUGGCAGCUCACCACGCUUCUGACCAGUACAAGAUCUCCCACGAGCUCUACGCUACUGCUACACUGCAGAGGCCUGGCAGCCUGGCAGGCUCUCGUGGCUCCUACAGUAGUCAGCACAGUCAGGAGCCCCUUCGGCCCUUGGGAUCCCCAGAGCACCACAUAGAUCCCAUCUAUGAAGAACGUGUCUACCACAACAAGGGCCCCAUGAGGAGCCUUAGCCAGAGCCAGGGGCCGGACACGGGUCCCUAUCGUAACAACACCGCUCCCUCCUCCCCUGGUGUCGACUCCGCCCCUUUACAGCGCACAGGAAGUCACGGCUCGGGGACAGGAAACUACGGCCGUGAUGUGUAUGGCUCAGACCCCUAUGUGGCAGACCCCUACCGCACCCUGCAGUACUGCCCCUCAGUGGUGGAAUCGCCCUACAGCAAAUCGGACCUGCCCUGCCGCCCGAAGGGAGCUGCAGCGCUCACUUCAUCGACUAUUCAGAAAGACCCCAGAGAGUUUGGGUGGAGAGAUCCGGAGCUGCCAGAGGUGAUCCAGAUGUUACAGCACCAGUUCCCAUCGGUGCAGUCCAAUGCUGCAGCCUACCUACAGCAUCUUUGCUUCGGAGACAACAAGAUCAAAGCUGAGAUCCGCAGACAGGGAGGCAUCCAGCUGCUGGUGGACCUGCUGGACCACAGGAUGAGUGAGGUUCACCGUAGCGCCUGCGGAGCCCUGAGGAACCUGGUGUACGGCAAGGCCAACGAUGAGAACAAAGUGGCCUUGAAAAAUUGCGGGGGGAUUCCUGCAUUGGUCCGCCUGCUGAGGAAGACUGGAGAUGUGGAAAUCAGAGAGCUUGUCACAGGUGUGCUAUGGAACCUGUCUUCAUGUGAUGCUCUGAAGAUGCCAAUCAUCCAGGACGCCCUGGCCGUUCUGACCAAUAGCGUCAUCAUACCCCACUCUAACUGGGACUCCUCCCCCAAUCACCAUGACGACCGCAAGCUCCAUCUGCAUACCUCCCAGGUGCUGCGCAAUGCUACAGGCUGCCUCAGGAAUGUAAGCUCCGCAGGUGAGGAGGCAAGAAGAAGGAUGAGGGAGUGUGACGGCCUGACAGAUGCUCUGCUCUACGUCAUCCAAACCUCUCUGGGCAGCAGCGAGAUAGACAGCAAGACUGUAGAGAACUGUGUUUGCAUCCUGAGGAACCUGUCGUACCGCUUGGCUGCCGAGACAUCCCACGGCCAGCAGGUGGGGCUGGAGGAGCUGGAUGGCCUGCUCUGUGACGCCAACGGCCGCGAUGGAGAGAGCUCCGGCUGCUGGGGCAAGAAGAAGAAGAAAAAGAAGGGAGCUGAUCAGUGGGAUGGCGUGGGCCCCUUUCCGGACACGGCGGAGCCCCCCAAAGGGGUUCAGAUGUUGUGGCACCCCACCAUCGUCAAGCCCUACCUCACCCUGCUGUCUGAAUGCUCCAAUCCCGACACACUGGAGGGAGCAGCUGGCGCUCUGCAGAACCUGGCCGCAGGAAGCUGGAAGUGGUCGGUGUACAUCCGGGCAGCAGUGCGUAAGGAGAAAGGCCUUCCCAUCCUGGUGGAGUUACUGAGGAUAGACAACGACAAGGUGGUGUGUGCCGUGGCAACCGCUCUCAGAAACAUGGCCCUGGACAUCAGGAACAAGGAGCUCAUCGGUAAAUAUGCCAUGAGAGAUUUGAUUCAUCGGUUACCGGGCAGCAGCAGUAGCAGCAGCAACAACAACGCCACCAGCAGUGGGACCUCCGGGACCACAGGCCCUCCCAGCAAGGCUAUGUCAGACGAUACUGUUACUGCCAUCUGCUGCGCAUUGCACGAAGUCAUUACCAAGAACAUGGAGAACGCCAAAGCCCUGCGUGAUGCUGGAGGCAUAGAAAAACUCAUCGGCAUCGCCCGCAGCAAAGGAGACAAACAUUCAGCAAAGGUGGUCAAAGCAGCCUCUCAGGUCCUCAGCAGUAUGUGGCAGUACAGAGACCUGCGCUCCCUCUACAAGAAGGAUGGCUACUCCCAGUAUCACUUUGUGGGCUCUGCCUCAACGAUAGAGAGAGACAGACAGAGGCCCUACUCAUCCUCACGAACUCCCUCCGUCUCCCCCGUCAGGACGUCCCCAAAUAACCGCUCUGCGAGCGCUCCAGCCUCCCCCAGAGAGAUGAUGAGUCUGAAGGAACGCAAGAUGGACUACGAUUCCACGGCAACCAACGCUGGUUUCCAUAGCAACAAAGGAGAGCACACAUCCCGAAAAGACGGCAUGGCAGUUCAAGUAUCCUGCGGGACAUCUACGUUGUUCCGAAACUCUUACCUGACCUCCAGUGAUGACAUUAAACUAAACCAGGCUGCGGCCAGCCUGCAUUGUGCCCCCCCAGCCCUGCAGGACAGCCCGUCAGCAGCGGUGCUAAAAGACUACGAUCCCUAUCCUCCCCCCUUCCUCCCCCAGCCUCAGCCGCCGCAGCCUCCACCUCACAGCCAGAGCCGAAGCUUCAGUGAGGUCUUAGAGGACCAGGUACCCCCACCUCCUCCAUCGCCACAGCCACAGGUCCAGGCUCAGGCCCAACCUCAGGCCCAACCCCAGCCCCCGAGCUCCUCCGGACCGCCUCGAGACCCGCGAGAGGACCUGCGCAUGCAUCUGGGCCUCAAAUCUACCGGCAACUACGUAGACUUCUACUCGGCCUCUCGGCCAUACAGCGAACUGAACUACGAGACCAGCCACUACCCGGCCUCGCCCGACUCCUGGGUCUAGUUAGACUAUGAUGAUGGGGGGGGGGGGGUCAAGAGAGAGUCCGUGUGUGAAAGGGAUUAUUUUUGCAAGCGAUCAACAGCAGAUUAACACAAGGUAACAACAAGUGGCAUGUUGGAUAUUGUAGCCAAUGGCAAGACAUUUUUGCUCUCUAAAAUAAGGGGGAAGACAGAGCUAGAUGGGGUUAAGAUAUGAGGUAAGGUCGAGUGACUAAGAGAGACUGUGCAUGCGCAUGCGGACAUUUUCCAUUUUUAUUUCCAGACCACUUUAUUUCUUCAAAGUCAGCUCCAUUGCACCGGUGAGUGGAUAAGGGGGAGUAGAUAUGAAGAAGUGUGUUUGAAGGGGUGAGAAAGGAGUGGGAGAAUAUAGAAAUAAAGAGAAAAUGAGCAGGCGGAGAGAGUACGCAGAGAGCUAGAGAAGAGGAGAGAGAUGGGAUCAAGAAAUAAUGGGGAGCAGAUUAGGGUGAGCUCUUAUACGUCUGUAGGAGGAGGAAGUGGACCGACCUUUUGUUGAAGACAGAGAGGACCGGACAAGAGACAAAAGAUGGCAUGAGGGUUCUUAAGGAGAUCAGAAGGAAUAAAAAGCACAGAAAAGAUGAAAGCACAUCAGGCACAAGGCAAGAAAUAGAAGUUUACCAUUUCACCCAAGUCACUAACGUAGCACUGCUUUUAUUUGCCCCCUUUUUGUUGCUAUGGCCUUGCCACCUACGCAGGCUUCUGAAUUUGUUUAAAGGAAUUUUGUCUUCAAUAGACUUCUUUUUUUGUCAUUACUCUUUUACAUCUUCUUUUUUUUUAAUUUGUACUUUUGUAAAUUUUCACUAUCACAAAAUCAUUUUUAUUUUCUGUGUACAGUCCAAAAGUGAUAAAGUGUGUAUAUUACACAUAUUUUUGACGUGGCCACUUGUGAAAAUAUGACUAUGAUUGAUUGAUUGAUUGAUUGAUGAAUCCGAUUUUUUUUCAUGACUGAAACAAGAAAAAAGCAACAAAAAUAGGUUAAAUGCAAACACAAGAAGCAGGAAAGACAGACAUCGCCAUGAUGGAUGUCAGUGGACACCUUUUGUUUUGCCCUUUUCCAAACCACAGAGGGAACCCCACAGUGUUUGUGUUUUUCUCUCUCCAUCAAAUAGAUUUUGUUGUGGACAUGCUCCAACGUCAAGAGCAGUUCAAGGAUGCCAGAGCAUCAGAUUGGCAGAACAGCAUCGCUCCCAAGUCCCUGUCAACGAAAGUGCUUUUUCACUGCCUAAAGAAUAUACGUGUAUGUUUAAAGCACACUCCCUGUGUUUGGAAAGGGUUGUCUUUUCCUUUCGGGGAGCUGAUAUGUUUGACCAUGUCAACUUUCAGUGGUUUCUCAUCAUCACUUGUGCAUAAAAACUGGUCCGUCUGACAAGAGUCGCCAUGGCUAUUGCACAUUUCAGUGUACAGUUGAGAGAAAGCGAGAGACAUGACAUUGUGCCAAACUUUGACACCUCGUGGACCAGUCCUAAGGGACGUUAAAGGGACAUUCUGUCGAAGUUUACAGACGAUGACUGAAUGACUCCCUCUGCUGUUUGUAACUUUUUAUUUUUUUCGUGUUUUGAUCAGGUGAUGCCGUACUUAUUACUGGGGAUCAUGAGUAACAUCUCCCUCCCAUAGAUGUACAGACCUGCCUCUCUGUGUUGGCUGAGCGUGUGUUUGUGUGUGUGUUUGUGUGUGUGUGCGUGUGCGCGUGUGUGCGUGCUUGUGCGUGCCUGUGUGUGUGUGUGCAUGCCUGUGUGUGUGUGUGCGCGUGUGUGCGUGUCUGUGUGUUUGUGCGUGCGCGUGCGUGUGCGCUGUAUGCGACAGAAUGUGCGCCCCUUGUGUGUGUAGACGUAAACUUGAGCGAGCGUACCUAUGCAUGCAUGUGUGUAGUAGUGUGUAUGUGCCUCUGUUGUGUGUAUGUGCGUGUGCGUUCCUGUAUAAAUCAAUGUCCAAACAAGGCAUUCCUACCGACAGUUUGUCCAGUUUUACAACAUGAAAAACCAAGGUAAAAAUCACUAGAAUGAAUUGUUGAUAUAGAAUGACAAAUCUAUGAAUAUAUGAAUAUAAAUAUAAAUAUAUAUAAUUUUUAUGUGCAGAUGUCAGUGUCACUAAAUGCAACAAAUGUUCGCAGAGAAAAAAUGAAUAUGUGGUGUACAACAGGACUCUUGUUCACUUGACCUAAACGUGGAAGCUGCUGAUCGCCCCCCCCCCCCAAAAAAAAAAAAAAUCAAGACAAAAGAGAAAUCCCACCUGAAGAUGCUCAGGCUCUGGUGCGAGUUGUGUGUUAUUGUUUGUCCAUGCUUCUUAGAUGACCCUGCUGAGAGAGGACCGUACUUGAACACAAGGGAAAAUAAAAACGACUCUUUCCAAUCAAA